GUUGGGGAAUACAUAUUCUUCGUGGGCAUGACAAUCGAAAUAACGCUGAAGAUUCUGGCGGACGGUUUUAUUUUCACACCGAAUGCUCUUCUCAAAGAUUUCGGAGGCUUUUUGGAUCUAUUCACGUACACACUCAGCCUGGUUUUUGUCAGCUACCUAAUGCGGGUGGAGAAGCUAGGACCCAGUUCUGCUGGACAGCUCCUAUUGGUCCUCCGCUGUCUUCGUCCUCUUCGCAUAUUCUGUCUGGUCCCACAGAUGCGUCGUGUCGUCUAUGAACUUGUACGGGGAUUUCGGGAAAUCCUAAUGGCAAGUUCUGUAUCUUUGUGCUGA